GCAUUGUAAAGGAUCGCCUUUCUGCAAUCCUGAUUACAGAAUCCAACACUAAUCGCGAUCCACUUUUUAAGCCCCCGCUGUUAGUCUCACGCUGAUAAUUCCCUCAAACAAUGGCGUCCUCCACUCUGGCUGCGCAGCGCGUCAGCUCCUUGCGCCUGGCGUCUGUUUCCAGUCGCUGUUCCGCAGAGCAAGCGCCUCUGCGGAGCUCCUUCUUUGGGCAGUUCAGCGCAGGUCCGAAAUCCAUCCCUCUGGCAAGCCGGUCAGGCAGGGCCCAGCAUGUUGUCAGGAGCAAGCUGGAGACACCUCUGAAGCCCGAGGGCAACACUGAGGGCCAGAUCGCGGUGCAAAAGGACGACAACCUGCCCCGCCCCGACUUGACCCGGGAGGCCGACACGUCUGACCCCAGCUUCAAGGAAGAGCCCCUGGUGAAGGGCCCCGGAAAUUUUGGCGAUGGCACAUCCGUUUUCAAGGGCGGCUUCAUGCAGGAGACGCUCAAUGGGCGGGCGGCCAUGGUUGGCUUUACCUCAGCGGUGAUCGCCGAGCUUGUCACCGGCAGGAGCGUGUGGAACCAGCUGAUUGCUCGCGACGGCCCGCCCUCUCUGCUGCUUUUGGGUCUCACGAUCGUCACCGUUUUCGUGAGCUCGUUCGCGCCCCGCGUCAGGGACAUGCCCGACAACGGCUUGGACAGACCUGCACGUGCCGUUGGUCCCUUCACUCAAUACGCCGAGAGGUUGAACGGCAGAGCUGCGAUGAUUGGCAUUAUUGUCGUGCUUACUGUUGAAGGUAUUACGGGCAGCCCCCUCUUCAGGUUCUAAAUUGUGUCCUCCUGAGGUGUAUCCUUAAACAAUUUUGUGAAAGACUUGCUCUGUAAAACUGCUGUACAAAUGAUUUUGAGAAUAAAAUCAGAAU